AUGCGCCCGUGGUGUCGCGUCCGGCGCUACCCGGAGGACCGCGACGACAACUGCGGGGCCGCCGAGCUCCGCGAGGGGGCCUUCGUCGGACUCACUAACAUUACGAUCAUUUACAUGAGGAACAAUGCCGUAGCUCGCAAAGAUCCGGGUGUAUUCCGCCACGCCCCAUCGUUAAAAUCCCUGUACUUCGAAGAUAACAAAUUAAGCGAGCUGCCCGCCUUCCCCGAGCGCUCGUGCCCCAGGUUGACCACGUUGUCUCUGACUUCCAACCGACUCACGGGACUACCUGACGCGGGAACCUUCUCGGCGUGUGCGCACAUACAAGACCUGUAUUUGGACUACAAUCGAAUUACAUAUUUACAUCCUGAAUUAUUUAGUUCAUUGGUCGAACUGGUAAACUUGUAUUUACACGAUAACAAAAUAGCAUUUAUCCCGGACCAAAUGUUUGCGAGGAACACCAAGCUUCGACGGUUACAACUGAAUAACAACAGAUUAACGUACCUACCGCAAGACUUCGUCAGCGGCCUCAAGCAAGCAAACGCCGACUUUGAUACAUUCCUCUUCGACGGCAACCCGUGGCACUGCGCCUGCUUGCUGGAGCUGCUGGCGGACGCUAAGAGCGCCGGCGUGGGGCGCCCGCGACACCACGACGGAACUCGACCCGAGUGCGUGUGUCGCCGAGUCCCCGUGCGCGCGCCUCCCCCCCCACCCCCCACCCCGCGCCGGGAGGGGGGAGCGUGUGAGCCGGGGCUCUUGCCUGUUCUGUGUUCUGUUCUAUUAUAA